AUGGCGUCACGGGGGCUCGGCAUUGCGCGCCUCACUUUGUACUCCGGUCCCAACUGCUCCCUUUGCGAUGUGGCGAAGGCGGCGCUGGCCAAGGUCCGGCAGCAGCGCGCCUUCGAGCUCGAGACGGUGAACAUCCAGGACCCAGGGCAGGAGCGUUGGAAGAACAAGUACGUCUACUGGAUCCCUGCCCUCCAUCUUGAAGGUCGCGAGGUCGCAAAGGGACGUUGGGACGCACAGACGGUGGGUCAAGCGUUGGACUCGUGGGAAGCCGCCCCGUGGACGAAGGAGGAUCUCAAGCAGAAGCCCAAGUCAAGCCCACCCUCGGAGAGCUCCUCCUAG